GUCUCUGAGUAAAAAAAACACGGAUUAGUCCAAGUUUCAGUAUAGAUCUAGUCUAUUACACAUCUAGACUAGAUUUAGCCUUGUGUACUGACCUGUGUAGUUUUUGGUGAUAUAGCAUGGCUUCUGGCGGAGGAUCUCGCUUUGUCCCUGCCACUGGAAUGACUUCAGCAGAACUGUGCGACUAUGAUGAUUUAUGCACAGCGUUGGUACUGGAUUCCUACUUGGGAUUUAUGACUCAUAAAAUGAAUACAAGAUUUAAACCUUUGAGUAAUUCUGAGCAGCUGAAGAAACUUGUUGAGGCCUUUAUUGAUAACAGGAAAUAUGAGUCAACAUUUCAAGCUCUGAUAAAAGUGGACCAUGCUCGUACUGCUCCUUAUUGUAGAACAAAACAUCAAAUGAAGCUUCUGAAAGAACAUACCUAUAGAUACCUUCAAGCGUUUGACUACACCUCAGGAUUUAAAGUCCUUCCUUGCUACAGAUAUUCUAUGGAAGGCCGGAUAGGUGGACGCAUUUGCUCUACAAAACAAUGGCACAAGAAUGACAAGAUAGAGAUGCUGGUUGGGUGUAUAGCAGAGCUUACACCAGAAGAAGAAUCUCAACUAUUGAAGCCUGGAGAAAAUGAUUUUAGUGUUAUGUAUUCUUGUAGAAAAAACUGUGCCCAGCUGUGGCUGGGACCAGCUUCUUUCAUCAAUCAUGACUGCAGACCUAAUUGCAAAUUUGUCUCAACUGGAAGGGACACAGCGUGUGUGAAGGUUCUGCGAGACAUACAACCUAAUGAGGAGAUCACUUGCUUCUAUGGAGAGGAUUUCUUUGGCGACAAUAACAGUUCCUGUGAAUGUGUUACUUGUGAAAGGCGUAAAAUGGGAGCAUUCAGGCCGCAGAAACCUGUAAACUUGUCCUCUCAAAAGGGCUAUUGCUUCCGUGAUACAGAUGAUCGCAUUAAUAGACUCAAGGAUAAACCACCUGAAAAGCAGCCAGAUUUCUCAGGAGUUGUCCUUACACCAAACGAAUCAUGGGAUAACAGAGCCAAGAAUAUAGAAUCUCAGUCCCAUCUCCUGACACCAGCAGAAUUGAAGAAGCGAGGAAUCACCAGAUACGAUGCCGAAAUAAUUAUUUCCAAUGGUCUGCCCUUGCCAGACCCAUCGGCUAAAGGUUAUAGUGCAGCCAGCCUGUGCAGUUCAGAUACCAAAUAUUUACGCAGCUCCACCAUCACCAAUAUUAAAUAUGAAACAGAGAAAUCAAAGCCUUUGUCUGAUGACUUACAUUUCAGAUCAACCAGAAAAAAUAUUCGUCAGGGAAAAGUCGGUCGUCGAAAAAUAAUGAGCUAUAUAAGUGAACAUACAAAGGAAACUAGUAAUAUAAAGCAGGAACCACCAGAUAUAGGUUAUGAUUGUAUAGACCAAAUAAAUUCUUUGACUACAAUAUCUAAAAAGGAGAAAGCCGUAGACUAUUCUAAUGUACUGAAUAAGCAGAUGAAAAUGGACAUGAGCUGUGACCCCUCAGUGGAUGAUGGUUGUGAAUACACUGAUGCUGAGCUUCAGAGUCAUAAUCUUUCAGAUUUCUUGGACAAUUCACCUUCCUUGAAGAAACAUCAUGAAAAAAAGUGCAAUGAAUUACUAAACCAUUCUAGAUUAAAAGAACAAUGGACAAAUGAGUCCCUGAACUGUAGUCUGCCUCCAUUAUUACCUUUAGAAAGUCACUCAUCAUCACAAAAGAACAAGGAUAUUUUCUCUUCUAGUUUGAAACCAUCCCCCAUUCCCGUUCGGCAAAGCCCACGCUUGCGGAGUGGCCAGCAGCAAAAGCCGUUUGCAAACCAGAAAGCCUAUAUUUCUGGCAAACAUGAAAGAGCUGUUAACCUGGCUAAAGAAUUAAAUUCCCUUGUUGCCAAGGCAUCAACUUUUGCCCAGCGUUUAUCAGAUCUUGUUUUGGAAACAAGUCUAACUGAUGGCAGUCAAACAUACCAAGAUCCACCUAUACUAGAACCAGAGGCGCCAAUAAUCUCUCCCUCUGUUUCCAGGCGUUCAUCAGAAGACAGCAUGGAUAACAUAUUUUCAAAUAUAUUAGAAAAAGCUGCACCUGAGUUGGGGUUGUCUCAUCGCAGGUCAAAGUCUGUUGAUGAAGAAAUCACUAAAAGUAGCCUCUGCAAAUCACUUGAAUUUCUUAGUCAUUCAAAAAGUAGACAGGACUUCCUACAACCAGAAGGGUUUAGAUAUCGCCGAACAAACAGCACUGAUGAAUUUGGCAAACCACCACUGUUGCUUAAAGAUCAGUAUGAUCUAGGUCAGUCAGAAAUCAAAGCUAGAGAUGAUCUUCAUCCUAUGAGCAAUCAUAUCUUUUCUGGUCGUUAUCGCAGGGGAGAUGAUCUGUAUUCACUGAGAAAUAAUGUGGAUAAAACUGACGAAAACAAAUCCAAAAGUCGAAAAGGCAGGCAGCCUAAAAUCAUUUUUAGAAUGAAAAGAGAUCCUGAGCUAAAGAAACAGAUACGCGCAGAGAGUGCUCAGUGCCCGAAUUCUAAUCUUCAGUUCAAGUGGGAUGACGACAGUGAUGGGGAUCCAGGUUUCUCUCCCUCUCGAAGUCACAAAACAGCUGGGCAAAGUAGCAGUUCUACGGGUGGAAAAAAUGUGUUAGAUGCUUUAGGAGUGAAAAGAGGUCGCUCGCCUGCAUGUUUCUUAGAAGACUCAGAUGGGCAGCCCCAUAAAGAAGCUCCUCACAAAAAAGUUCGAAAAGUGCGUCUGAAAAUGAUAGACACAUCUUUGCACUUUGAUCUUGUGUCACCAUCUGCAAGUCCAACCAAAAUAUCUUAACUAGGCAGGAUUUUAGCAAAUUUUGAAAAAAAUAUUUUAUAAUGAUAAAUCUGUGGCUUAAAUGAAUAUGGCAUAGCAUAUUUUCAGACUUUUUAAGUUCACAUAAAUGGCUCUUAGACAAGCUGGUAACAUACAGCCCUUAACAUGACUUGAUUGCUUAUAUUUCAUAUGUAAUAUAUAUAUAUAUAUUUUAAGUGAUAUAAAAACAAUAGGAGCUCAAUAAACAAGUAGAUCAGAUUAAUCUAAAUUAAAAAAAAGAAGAAGAAGAAAAUAAUUGGAUAUAGGUAGAAUCAAAAACAUUUUUCUGGCACAAGUAAAGAAAGCCGAGCCAAUGGCACAUUUUUCUUUUUUAAAUAAACCUGACCAAAGGCAGAAAAAAAAUAAUUUUAAGCUGACAUAGAAAAGAACAAGAGGUGCUUAUUACCUACAUAGCCAAAGAAACAACACACAAAUUUAGGGAGAGUAGAAAGAUUGAAAUAUAAUGAUCAUGACUUUCAUGUAUUGUCUUCAUUGAUAUAAAUGGCAUUCCCCCCAUCCCUACUUUCUCUCAUUUAAUGAUACAACACUUAAAAGACAAUAUAUUAUUGUUUUUAGUGUUAUGUUUUAACAUUGAUAAACAUUUUUAACAAACGAUUUUUAGAUAAAUUAUAACUUAAUAUUUUUAACCUUUUUCUUUUUUUUUUUUUUUUUUUGUAAAAACUAUAUAUACAUUUGUUUUGUAAGAUGAUUUUCUUACCAUAUGUGGUGCUUGUUUGUACAUUUGUAAAGAAAUUAUCAUAUUUCAAGACUAUAUUAUUUUUUGUGCUUAGGCUGAAUGUAUUAGUUCAAUGUCAUUGGUGAUACUAUUUAUGUUAUUCAAAUAAUACUCACCUUUUCUGUUUCAAAAAAAGUAAAUAAAAAUUUUAAACCUUAAUAGCACUUAUUCUUAUUGUACAGUCCUCUGUCCUAGAUGCACUGAAUAAAAAAAAAAUUUAUUACAUUUAUUAGGAUUUCAGUUAUUUAGUUAGUUUUUAAUGAAAAAGGAGAUAUAAAGACAUUAGUAGAUUGAAAGCUAAAAUAUGAAGAAAAAAAAAGAGUAAUUUUUACAUUGUUUGGUAUUUUAGGGGGGGGGGGGGGGGUUCUCACUCCAAUCUUAAGCUAACAGUUGUAUUUCAAUAUAUUUUUGCCUUUUCUAAAAUCUGUUUUACUUAAAUUGUUUAGAUAAUAAUUAAAGCAAAUUGGCUGUUAAUUCAUAAUUUCUUACAGUUCUUGAUUUUUUUUUUGUUGACAGUUACAAUAUUUUUGUUUUGAAAAGUGCUCUCUGCAUCAACUUUUAAAGUUAUCCUUCUAGCUCAAAGACUAUAUUAUUUAGUGUUCAUCUAGGUCAGUGAUUCUCAAAGUGACUUGUCAUCCCCAAUUUUAUAUAAAAAAAAAAAAAAAGGUCAGACCAAGAUGCCCCUCAUUAUUCACAAAAUGUAGAAGCAAAUAAUUUUUUAAUAUCUUUUUAAUAUUCUUUACAUUUUAGUUAAGUAAAAUCAUUAAUGAAUAGUAAAAGAAAUCUCAAGAAAAUUUUUUUCUAGAACAAGUCAUAAAUUGAAUGGCAGUAUUGAAUCAAGAGUUCUAUUUACUAUUUUUGUUGUAAAUGAAAUUUUCAAAAUGUUUCAACUUGAAAUAUUUUAGUUCCUCAUAUUUUCUGAAAAAUUCCUUCAAUGUUUAUUUUCAAUGACAGAGUAACAACCUGUCCUCUAAAUUUGAUGCAAUGUAUUAAAGACUUUUUUUUUUUACUUUUACAUUAUGAUAUAUAUUGAUACAACUCAAGAAAAGACAACAAAAAGUAAUUUUCAUAACUAGAUUCAAAUACUUUUUGAUCAGACCUAUUCUUCAAAAUAAUUGCUAUCUCAUAUUGAAUAUUAUUUAAAUUACACAAUAGUAGUUACAUCUCUAAAUAUUGAAUAAAGCCCAUCUUUACAAUUUCCAAUCAAUGUAUGAAGGUAUAUAUUUUUAAAAACUUCUUCGAAUGUUAUAACUGACUUAAACUGGCUGAUUACUCCAGUGUGUUUUAUUUGAUACUUGAAAAACCAUAACAUACUCAAUAAGGAGUGUUUGUAAAACCAGGCAAUGAAGGACAAGUAUUUUUCUCUUUUCAGUGACUUUUUUUUGGUCAGUGAUGAAAUAACACAAAAAAAAAAGAUUAUUUAUUUUUAUUGUACUUUAAGCGCAGUUAAUUUAGUUAUUGUUAUAGUCUAUAUUUUUAUUAUACUUUAAGCGCAGUUAAUUUAGUUAUUUUUUAUAGUCUAUAUCAAUGCUUUCCAUCCUCCUCCUUGAGAGGGAACACAAAGUUUGUUUGUUUUUAAACAUUUCUAUUAAAGACUCCCGUCACUUUCAAUAUUUCAAAUCCAAAAAAUUAUUGUAGCUCUGAAAAUGACAAUAACCAGUGGUCAAUGAAGAUCUAAUUCACUAAGUGUAUGAAUUGGUCAAGAGAAGGAAAGAAUGACAGUUAGACUAUAAAUUGUAAAAGUAAAAAAGUAAAUAAAAAAAAAAGCUCUUUAGUAUAUGCUUGAGGUUACCAAUAGAAGAUCUAUAUAUUUAUACCACCUGUUGUUAUCUAAGCAUAGAGAACAUUUAAUACAAAUUCAGCUGAAUAUCGGGAAAUAAUAUUGAGUUUCAAAUUUUGUCUAGCAUAUUGUGUGUGUGUGUUUGGUAACACAUAAUAGAUGUUUUUUUCUUAAAGAGCUUGUCUGUGAUUAUGUUUUUUUUUUAAUAAUUUUUUUCUUGUUGUUUUUGUUAGUAUUCUUGACUUGCAACUGUUUUAAGUAAUUGUCAAUUAUCCUACAAAAAAUGUGUGCAAACUGAAACAAGUAAAUGGGUUUGCUUUUAAGCUUCUUAGUGUGAUGCUCUAAAAUCAUUUGAGUUCAUUCUUCUCAUCAUGACACUCACCUAUUUAUGUAGCCCAGACCUUAAGAUUUUAUAACAAAAUGCUGUCAUUUUAUGAUUUCCUGAUUGUUUUUUUUUUUACUAAAACAGCUUGACAAUUUUGAACUAGAAAAUAUUUGUAUAUAUCAGUCUCCAUAUCUUUCAGCUUAUAAGACACAUCAAACCUUAGCUUUUAAAGAGGAUUAUUUAAAUUAUUUUGAAAUGUUUCUUUUUUUUUUUAUUAAAGGUGGCCCAAAAUGUAUUUUUAAAAAUCAUAAUUUGUAUUUUCUAAACUUUUCUGUUUCGACAUAAAUGUAGACUAUUUUUCAGAAAGAAAAUAGUACUGAAACAAUAACACACUUUUAUGGAUUUGAAUCACUCCUGUGCCUAUCCAUAGUGUAUGUCAUUUGGCUCAUUUGUUGUAUUACAAAAAGCCAUGGAUUUUCCAAGUGACACAGGAAUUCAAAAAGUGUCUUAUGAUCUGAAAAUAUGGUUAUUGUUAGUGAUUAUCUUUGUAAAGAAAUUUUUAGAUACUCUUGCCUUUGUUUUCUGUUGAUGUCAUUGGAAUUUAUUGUAACAUUUUGUCACAUUUUCCAAUAGUUUAUUUGCAUGUCUUUUGAAACAAAUGCCAUUCAUUUUUGUAGAGCUCUUUGCUAAGGCUUUUUUAUUUCUAUUAACAAAAUAUUUCUUCAUCUUGUUGGAUGCCAUGUGUGUAACAUGCCAUUUCUUGAUUGUUUUCAUAUUAGAAGUGCUUAUGACAAAUUCAACUUUUAAUGCUUGUGACGCCCUGUUUCAGAUAUGAUAUUAACUGCCCUUACAUUCUCAUUUUAAAAUUCUUAUUAGCUUACAAAGUGAAACCUGGACGGGUAAUUUGAAAAGGUCUCUAACGAUUUUUCCCAAAAUUUGAAAUUUUGUUUAUAUCUUUUUGGAAAAAAGAAUUUAGCUAAUUGGCUUCAUUAGUCAAAACUCUGGUUUGACAAUUAUAAUUUUUCAAAAGAUUAUCAUCUUAAAAUUUGCCAUUUUGAACAUGCUUUCAGUGGAUAUUGCCACAAUCAACUCAAAUGUUUUUUUGUAUUUUGAACAUGUUUCAGUGGGUAUUCCCGUUCUCGAAUUAAUAAUGUUUCUUUGUACUCAGUAAAAGUAAAGAGUAAAAUAAAUAGACGUUCAUGUACAGUCUUAGGUAGAAGUGAGCUGAACUGUAAUAGAAGAAAUGUCUUGCGCAAGCCCACUAGAAUGACUACUUGCAGUGUUAGAGAAUUAUUCGAAAUAAAAUGAGAAAUUAUUAGGGAAGAAUUAUUUAAAAAACAACUUUUUUUAUGUAACCUGUUUAUUCGUACAUGCCUAUGGCAGCAGUCUACUUCUAAUGUAUGGUGGUUAGUGUGACUUGAAUGACUGGAGCCAGCUUAGUUUCUAGCUACUGUCGUUAACAUGUUCUUCUACGACCAUUUCUUGUAGAAAUUGAUGAGAAAUUUUGUUUUCUAUUAUUUCUUGCGAUGUAAAUGUCUCUGCUGAUGUUAAGUCUUCAUUUAUACUCUUUAAAUUUGUCAUAAAUUUAAUUUAUGGAUUUAUUAAUUUAAUAAAAAGAUCUAGUUGUUGUUUUUUUUUUAAAGGUCAUCUGUUUGUGUAGGUCUUGUGGGGACAACUAAAUGAAAACAUUUACUUUUCCUAGCUGAGGUCAGGUACCCAUUUGGAGGUGUUAAGAUUUCAGUCGUUUUGGUUGGAAGCUGAACAUUGUACCACUUGUCCACCCCACCAUCUAAAGUCAUGAUGUCACAACCUUUAAUUCUUUUAAUGAAUCGGUAAAAAAAUGUUUAAAUAAUAAUUUUACACUGAUUUUCACUUUAGUUUCUCAGAGUAUCUUUGACAGGAGUCAUGCUUUGUACUCCGCUCAAUGAUGGCUCUACUGCAGUCUUGUAUCAAGUGACUGUUCAUUAUUCACUUUUCAGGUCCAUGCAGAUUCGCCUUAUUUUUUUCUACUCUUCUGCUUUCUCUCUGUACUGUGUAUCUUUUAGGAGAACCUUGGCAGAGGCAUUGAAUGUUAUAGUUCGUCUAAAAUGGCUCUUACAAGAAAAAAACAACUACAUGUAUUCUUAAACAUUAUACAUUUAGGCAUUUUCUCAUUAAAACUAUAUGCAAUAAGUUAAAAAUUCUUACGUAAGUUUACCUUACAUUUUGUCAUAGGAAUACAUAUAUUUAAAAUUAGGUUUAUAUUCUUCCCUAGUGCCAUUAGACUAGAACAUGGGAUGGGUUGCUUGAAUCAGCUAGGAAUACCAAUGACUUAGCAAAGUUAAAGUUUCUAAUUGACAUGCAUGACUAGAUUAACACAUGGAAAGGAUUAGGAUGUGAUUUUUGUUUUUUGAAGGAACAUGUCUAAUUUUUAAAAUAUAAACAUACAUAUUUCGAUUAUUUCUGUAUAUUGUGGGAUAACAAUUUGUCAAUGUAGUUAUUGUAAGUGUGAAUAUAUAUUGCUAUUAGUUUCUGGGUUGUCUUGAGUUGAUGUGUGCCUCAUACCAUGUUUUAUUCCCCUGUGAUCAUCAUGAUACUGAAUCUGUAUUGAAACGAAUGUUAAUUUUAAAUAUUUCACUAACAAGCAGCAUUGAUAUUAUUCUUGUUAUUUCACAUGCCAUUUUUUUUUUUGUUUGGAAGAAAAAGGGGAGGGGGGGGGGAUAAUUUUAUUUUAUUAUAGUUGUUGUUUUCCUGUCUGUUCUCAAGAAUUUUUUAAUUUUUUGACAAUGUUGUUAUGAAAGAAAAAUGUGAAGUUAUCAACUGUUUUAUUGACAGUACAGAAGGUGCGCAAGAUUGGAUGCCUUGGUGUUUGGUAGUGCUGUAGCCAUUUUGUAAAAUUCUGUGUUGUUUAUAAGGAAAACUUUGCAUUUUCUUUAAAAAUAGACCAGGCAGAAAGAAUGCAUUAUGUCACCAUUAUAUCAAUAAGAACAAGCAGUGGAAAGAGGGAGAUAAGAUUGAACUAUAUGUGGAAACUUUAGUGCUGAAACAAAUUAUUCAUUAACAUGAUUUGUAACAUAAUAUAGCAGCAUUAGGGUACAAUAGUUAUUGAAAGAUCAAGAAACAUUGAUAGACAGACAUUAUUGAAGGAAAUUUUAAGGUUGUAUCAGAUGAAAUUUGAAAUAAAAUCUACAUAUGUGAAAGUCUUGAGCCUAAAGAAGUAAAUGUACUUCUAAUUCUUCAAUUACAUGAGAAGUAGUUUACACUUUUAUUUAUUGAAUUCUAAUACUUUCAUUUCUUUUUCUAGUUUUGUAAAUCUGGUGUUGUAGACACAUAUUUUAUUUAUUUAUAAUUUCUUUUGUGACAUUAAAAAUACUAGACUGUAAAAUAAAAUCCAUAAUGUUUA